GCGUGGAGCGGAGAGACCAUAUAAGAGCGCAGCUGAGCGGGAUUUCCUCAGAAGCUGGAGUUCGGGUUUUAGGCGGUUUUGAGCAGUUUAAGAAUAAUUUAGUGACACUGUGUUAGAUUCCGUGUUGUUGUUUUUUAGUUUGCUGUAGGUGCCGAGCGGGUUCAUUUCGAGUCUAAUUUUGACAUUUAUAUCGGUUUAAUUUUAAACUACAUAGCGCGGGCACUCGUACCUAAGCGUUAGGCGGGCGCGGGGAAAAAAAAAGGAGAAGAAGAGAAACUGAGAUAUCAUCUGUCUUUUAGCGUGGAAUGAGCUUCCAUUCAUCCAUCUUCUCUGUUGCACAAUGGAUGUCCGUUCUUUCAGCCUAAUAGGCCAAACUAAAACACAUUUUAGCAGCACUAGUAUAUUCAGAGGAUAGCAAUAGCCCCCUCACUCCACCCUCUCCCUCCGCAUUACACGCCAGUUUACAUCUUACAGCAUUGCAGAUUCACUCAGUAGUGUCUGGAUUUGCUCUAAAUUGCUGUUUUAGCAGAGGGUGAAGGUAGGUAGGUUAGGGGAAUUUCAGAAAUUUUUUUUCAACACUAGUACCUCAGUUAUUUAAACAAUUCUAGCGUGCUGCUUAAAUCAAGGGCUUAUUUUUAGCUUUUUUGAAACCCUAAAAGAUUGUGACGCUAUUUAAAACUUGAAAGAGAAGAAUCAAAAAGCUUUUGCACAAAAUGGUGUCGACAACUUUAGCUUCAGUAAUACUGAUGACCUCUAUUGCCCAAGUCGCUCAGGGCCCGCUGACCGACUACAUGUGGCUCCUGAUUGUCGGUUUCAUCAUAGCCUUCAUCCUAGCCUUUUCUGUGGGAGCUAAUGACGUUGCCAACUCUUUUGGCACUGCUGUGGGCUCUGGCGUGGUCACCCUGAAAGUCGCGUGCAUCCUUGCUACCAUCUUUGAAACCCUGGGAUCUGUGCUGCUAGGAGCCAAAGUGAGCGAGACGAUACGCAAAGGGAUCAUCGACGUGAACAUGUACAACGGCUCUGAGCACGUUCUCAUGGCCGGCUCAGUCAGCGCGAUGUUUGGCUCUGCUGUGUGGCAACUGCUGGCUUCUUUCCUCAAACUCCCCAUUUCUGGUACACAUUGCAUUGUGGGAGCCACCAUCGGCUUUUCGCUAGUGGCAAAAGGUCUACAGGGAGUUCGGUGGAUUGAGCUUCUGCGAAUCGUUGCGUCUUGGUUCCUCUCUCCUCUCCUCUCUGGCUUUAUGUCGGCAGUUCUCUUCUACUUUGUCCGCGUAUUUAUCUUGCAGAAGAAGGAUCCGGUUCCCAAUGGACUCAGGGCAUUGCCUGUCUUCUAUGCUGUCACUUUGGGAAUCAACAUGUUCUCCAUCAUGUAUACAGGCGCACCGAUGCUGGGAUUUGAUGCGCUGCCCUGGUGGGGAACCCUUGUCCUCUCCAUCGGAUGUGCCAUCCUCACUGGACUCAUCGUCUGGUUUGCUGUUUGCCCCUACCUCAAGAGAAAAAUUAAGCGUGAGAUCAAAUCUAGCCCUUCAGAAAGUCCCCUAAUGGAAAAGAGGGAAAUGGUGGUGGAGGCACACUGUCCCAUCCUCAAGAAUGUUCCUGAGGUGCCCACAUCCACACUGACCCCCAGUGCUCCUCCUUGUGAAGAACGUAGAGUCACUUUUGACAUAGGAGACUCUGACGACUUCGAACCAAAAGAGGGUGAAAUCAGCAAUGGGAGCGCUUCCAAAUCAGUCCAUGUUCAGUUCAACAACGGCCCCACCGCCCCCAGCAACGGCUAUAGUCAGUACCACACUGUCCACAAGGACUCUGGUCUCUACAAGGACCUGCUGCACAAGCUGCACCUUGCCAAAGUAGGCGACUGCAUGGGCGAGACAGGCGACCGACCCAUCCGACGCAACAACAGCUACACCUCCUACACCAUGGCCAUCAUUGGUCUUCAUGGCGAGUUCAAGCCCCGAGACUCGGAUUUCCGUGCUUCAGAGGAAGGAGACAAGGUGCAAGAGCGCAAGAGGGUCCGCAUGGACAGCUACACGAGCUACUGCAAUGCUGUGGCUGAGAGUGGUGCCCCCGAAGACGGCCUUGGAGAUGCAGAAGUGACCCUUGAGAUAAAAGAGGAGGAUAGAGGAAGCAACAGCAGUUCACUGGAGGAAGAAAAGACCGAUGCAGAUAAACCUGAAGUUUCCAUACUCUUCCAGUUCCUGCAGAUUCUUACUGCCUGCUUUGGCUCUUUUGCUCAUGGUGGAAAUGAUGUCAGUAACGCUAUUGGACCAUUGGUGGCACUGUGGCUGGUUUAUCAGAGCGGCUCUGUUAAUACCACUGCUCCGACUCCUCUCUGGCUGCUGCUGUAUGGAGGAGUGGGCAUCUGCAUCGGACUGUGGGUCUGGGGCCGCAGAGUCAUCCAGACAAUGGGCCGAGACCUUACUCCCAUCACUCCCUCCAGUGGGUUCAGCAUCGAGCUGGCUUCAGCAGUCACUGUGGUCGUCGCCUCCAACAUCGGUCUGCCCGUCUCCACCACCCACUGCAAGGUGGGUUCUGUGGUAGCCGUGGGUUGGAUGCGUUCCCGUAAAGCCGUCGAUUGGCGUCUUUUCCGCAACAUCUUCAUGGCCUGGUUUGUGACCGUGCCCAUCUCCUGCCUCAUCAGCGCCGCCAUCAUGGCUCUUUUUACUUACGUCAUCUUCCCUGUGUAGUGUAGCUUUCAACUUUCACAGCUAAGAAAACAGAAGUGGCCGUUCUGCUGUUUGUCACAACUUCACCACCUUCAUAGCUCCCAUAUCCACCUUCAAUGGGGCUUGAUGAAUAGCAUUGUUUUAUCUAAGCUUGGGUUUCUUAGCUUGCGGCAUGCAUUGACCAUUCAAAUGCAUGCGUUCUCUGUGUGGGCACGCACCAGGGUUCAUAUGCCAAGGGAGCAAAAAAAUAAAUUUUUAUUUCCAUUUUCUAAA